AGAACGGAGAGAGACAGAGGAGAACGGGAAUACCAGAUGGUUUUUUCUCAAGAUCAAAUAGAUGAUAUUGCAAUACAUUUUGGGAAGUAUAUUUAUUUUACAAACGGAAGUUGAGAGAGAACCUUACUAUAAGUCAUGGAUAUGACUAAUAACAUAACUAUAAUCAUGUGCAGUAGCUUGUGUCCAUCAUUCACAAAUGUUAUUUUUUGUGUUGUUUUCCAUUGACCUACAUUGGGAUGGAUAUGUGAAACCAAACGGAAUACUCGAUAUGUUCUAUAAUUCGAUUUUUAUAUAUAUAUAAAAUGAAAAGCUUUGAACAUGAAAAUCCGCAUUUGUGGUGUAGAUUUCUGUGUCUGUGCACGAGUUGUGUCCGCACUCGCGCCUGUUGGUGAAAAAGCGCACAACUUCGCUCUGUCCGGGAUAUUUAUUAGAAGGGAGCGGAUAUCUAACUGGCGCUGCGCGGGGACAUAACAGGGGGGCAGGGGAACGAGUGGAACUCAGUGUUUCGGUGUGGUUGGAAGGCUCUGGUCUGAGUAAUGACGGGUCUCGGGAUCUGGAGUACGUUCAGUCGGUUUGCGCGGCUUCCUUUUCUCGCACCAUGCACGGUGCUGCUCUGCUUUCUGAUUCCAGAAUCUCUCUCCCACCCGCAGCCCUGUCAGAUUCUCAAACGGAUUGGACACACGGUGCGCGUCGGGGCUCUGCACCUACAGCCACGGCUCUUCAAUCACGAUCCCACCUUCAGGGGCAAGAAAGAACCCCUUGUCCCCGUGGAUGAAUGGGACACGGACGGAGGCUCGAGGGAGGCAGCGGAGAGACAGUUGGAAAAGAUUACCAAAAGUGUUAAUGACCACGGUUUACGCAGCCUAAGGACUAAAGGCACGGGGAACAACCAACAAAGGGACAGGGGGUCAAAAAGUAAAAAUAUGUACAAACAGGUGGAGAGCGGGAGUCGUGUGUUUAUGCCAAGAGAUUCUAUCAUAUUAGCCAUGGAGACGUUAAACCGCAUGGUCGGUUUGUUACCAUAUAAUCUCUCACUGGAGUUGGUGAUGGCUGUGGAAGCGGGGCUCGGGGAAUUACCCGCUUUCUCCUUCUCAUCUUCCCCUACCCCUGUGUGUGAAGACCCCAUGUCGUUUCUGCAGAGUGUUUGUCAUACUGUUAUAGUCCAAGGAGUUUCUGCUAUGAUGGCUUUCCCUCAGACCAGGGACGACCUGGUGAAGUUGGAAUUCAUCGCGUCAGCGCUUCAGAUUCCUGUCAUUAGUGUUGUCCAGAACGAAUUCAAACGGCAGAGUAAGAACCCUCUCCAUUUCCAGAUGCCGAUGCAGAACCCGGCCCUGCCCCAGGUGGAGCUGCUCUACUCCCUGCUCGUGAUCAACAGCUGGUAUGACGUCAGCCUCCUGCUCUGCCAGGAAUGGAAUGUCUCCAGCUUCCUGGUUCGUCUCCGUAACAACACCAAGUUCCACCUGGGUUCUGUGGUCAACAUCACCAACUCCAGCACCUCGCCCAACUCUCACCCUAACAGCUCCGUCUCCAAGGCCGACUUCCAGACCUCUCUACGGGGAUACCUGGAGUCCAUCAAGGAGUCAACGUCUACAGUCGUAACAUUCGGCUGCGACAUCCGGGACAUCAAGAGGAUCUUUAACGUGGUGACCAAGCUGGGCCUGAUGCUGCCAGAGUACCACUGGGUGUUGGGGGACACGCAGGACGUGGAGGAGCUGAGGACCGAGGGGCUGCCGGCGGGACUGCUGGCCCAUGGCAGGAUGGGGACUCCCUCCCUGGAUCACUACGUACAGGAUGGGCUGGAGCUGGUGGCCCGGGUGGUGGGGUCAGCUGCGUACCGCUCCCCUGAGCUCGCCCUCAUCCCCUCCAUCACCAACUGCAUGGAUACACAGAGCAGCCAGAACAGGAACAUGACCUCAGGGAAAUAUCUGUCCAGGUUUCUGUCCAACACGUCGUUUGACGGUCUGAGUGGUUUCAUCUCGUCCCAGGAGGAGACAGUGAUCUCCUCAGAGAGCCAUCACUUCAUCUGGUCCCUGCAACACGACCCCAUAGGGAAGCCCAUGUGGGCCAGGCUGGGCCGAUGGAAGCAUGGCAGGGUGCUACUGGACUACACUGCCUGGACCAACAAACAGCCGUCCCACCAGAGAGGUGACUGGCGGCGCCCGUCGCGGCUCCACCUCCGGGUGGUGACGUUAGUGGAACACCCCUUCGUCUUCACCCGGGAGGUGGAUGAGGACGGUCUCUGUCCCGCUGGUCAGCUCUGCCUGAACCCCCUCACCAACAACACAGCCCUGCUCCAGUCUCUCUUCCUCCAGAUGCGGGGGCCUAACGACAGCAUUCCCAUGGAGUAUAAGAAGUGUUGCUACGGCUACUGCGUCGAUCUACUGGAGAAACUGGCGGAGGACAUGGGGUUUGACUUCGACCUGUAUAUUGUAGGCGACGGCAAGUAUGGUGGGUUUAAGAACGGACGCUGGACAGGGCUGGUGGGGGAUCUUCUCAGCGGAGCGGCCCACCUAGCCGUCACAUCUUUCAGUAUCAACUCGGCCCGGAGCAGGGUUAUAGACUUCACCUCCCCGUUCUUCUCCACCUCUCUGGGCAUCCUGGUACGGACCCGGGAUACGGCCGCGCCCAUCGGGGCAUUCAUGUGGCCCCUGCACUGGUCCAUGUGGCUGGGGAUAUUCGUCUCGCUACACGUUACUGCCGUGUUCCUGACCAUCUAUGAGUGGAACAGCCCGUUUGGGAUGACGCCGCGAGGCAGGAACAGAGAUAAGGUGUUCUCCUUCUCCUCGGCUCUGAACGUCUGCUAUGCCAUCCUGUUUGGCCGUACAGCUGCCAUUAAACCUCCUAAGUGCUGGACGGGGCGGUUCCUCAUGAAUCUCUGGGCCAUCUUCUGCCUGUUCUGUCUGUCCACCUACACAGCCAAUCUGGCCGCCGUCAUGGUGGGGGAGAAAACCUUCGAGCAACUCUCAGGAAUACACGAUCCAAAGCUUCAUCACCCAUCACAGGGGUUCCGCUUCGCCACGGUCCGGGAGAGCAGUGCCGAGGAUUACCUGAAGAAAAGCUUUCCAGAGAUGCACGAAUACAUGAGACGGUACAACGUACCAGCAACCCCAGAUGGAAUAGAACAUCUGAAGCAUGAUCCACAGCAACUUGAUGCUUUUAUCAUGGACAAGGCCUUACUAGACUACGAGGUGUCUAUAGAUGCAGAAUGCAAGACACUCACUGUGGGGAAACCAUUCGCGAUUGAAGGUUAUGGCAUCGGCCUGCGCCAGAACUCUCCCCUGUCCUCUAACAUCUCAGAGCUGGUGAGCCAGUACAAGUCAGACGGCUUCAUGGAUAUGCUGCAUGACAAGUGGUACAAGGUGGUGCCCUGUGGAAAACGGAGCUUCGCCGUCACUGAGACCUUACAAAUGGGCAUCAAGCAUUUCUCAGGCCUGUUUUUGAUGCUGUGUGUCGGGUUGGUUCUGUCUCUCCUCACCACCCUGGCUGAACACAUAAUCUACCGCUUUGUCAUACCCAGAGUUAAGGACCCCAAGUUCAAGUAUUGGCUGCAUACUAGUCAGAGAUUACACCGAGCUAUGAACACAUCUUUCAACGACGAUAAACUGCAGACUGUGGCCAAGAAGGAAAAAAGGUGCAACGUGGGUAACCACCACCAACAACAACAGGAGCAGCCAUGCGUACCAUGGAACAGCUCAGAGUCCAACUGCAACUGCAACAGAAGGAAGCUGCCUCCUCAGGAGUCCCAUCUGGAGUACCCCCACUGUGACUGCACUCUUCUUCCUCCUCCUCGGGUGAAGAGCCCCCUACAGGCCACCUCUAACGGGAGGACAGACCUGGUCCAGGUGGGUCUAAAAACCAGGACCAACCCCAUGCUGCAGGAGCUGUCAGAGCUGGAGACACACAUUACCAUCAUCAAACAACAGCUGCACGUCGCCAUGAAGAAGAAGAGGGAGCUGGAGCAGUACCAGCAGACACAUAACAGAGUAGAGACUGAUACCAGACACAUAACAGAGUAGAGGAUUGGUACCAGCAGACACAUAACAGAGUAGAGACUGAUACCAGACACAUAACAGAGUAGAGAGUAACAUAACAUAACAUAAUAACAUGACGGAGUAGAGGAUUGGUACCAGCAGACACAUAACAUGACAGAGUAGAGGAUUGGUACCAGCAGACACAUAACAUGACGGAGUAGAGGAUUGGUACAAGCAGACACAUAACAUGACGGAGUAGAGGAUUGGUACCAGCAGACACAUAACAUGACGGAGUAGAGGAUUGGUACAAGCAGACACAUAACAUGACGGAGUAGAGGAUUGGUAACAGCAGACACAUAACAUGACGGAGUAGAGGAUUGGUACAAGCAGACACAUAACAUGACAGAGUAAUUACGCUAUAGAAAAGGUACCAAGUCAAUAGCGCGAGUGAAGACAUUACAAGCUGGUGAGUGAGGCUGUGAACUGGUACCAGCAGACACAAGAUAUCUGAAUAGAGGCUGGAGCUACCAGCAGAUACACAACACCCCUAAAUAGAGGCUGGAGCUACCAGCAGACACACAACACCCCUAAGUAGAGGCUGGAGCUACCAGCAGACACAUAACACCCGUAAGUAGAGUCUGGAGCUACCAGCAGACACAUAACACCCCUAAGUAGAGUCUGGAGCCAUCCUGGAGUAGAGGACUAGACAUAAGACAAACAGGAACACUGAGUAGAGGCUGGAGCCAUACCGGAGUAGAGGACUGGACAUAAGACAAACAGGAACACUGAGUAGAGGCUUGAGGAGUACCCCAACAAAAUGAAACCCUGAUAUCCCUGAGUCUGAGAGCAGCACAUGGGACUAGCAGGAGGACAACAGCCCGAGACCCAGAUACCAGCAGGACUAACACCAGGCCCAGAGCACCAAAGAAAACCACCAUGGCUGCUCCCUGAGCCCUGGGACCCUGGACAUUGUCUGCUCUCCACCUCCAAUCUCCAAGAUCUCUCUGAUGAGUUAACCAGAAGGAACACUAUCUGCACCAAAAGUCUUGGAACCUGAUCCCUGUCCGGGAUGGAACCUGAUCCCUGUCCUGGAUGGAACCGGAUCCCUGUCCUGGAUGGAACCUGAUCCCUGUCCUGGGUGGAACUGGAUCUCUGUCCUGGAUGGAACCUGAUCCCUGUCCUGGAUGGAACCUGAUCCCUGUCCUGGAUGGAACCGGAUCCCUGUCCGGGAUGGUACCUGAUCCCUGUCCUGGAUGGAACCUGACUGGGAAUACAGAUAUGCAUCUGUUGGUCACAGAUACCUUAACAAAAAGGGGGCGUGGAUCAGAAAACCAGUCAGUAUCUGGUGUGACCACCAUUUGCCUCAUGCA